UUUCUAGAAUCUCAUGACCUUGAGUUCAUCCUCCAUACUAUACUCGAUACACCUCGCCAACAUCACAACCAUUACAGAUCGAAGCCAGCGUCUGGUAUACACCAUACUCGAGAUGCGCAGUAGAGUAUCAUCCUCUCUGCAAGGUGGCGGCGGCGGCGGCAGCUCGCGCACCCUCUUCUCCUCAUUUUCCUUCUCGACCGCAUGCACACCACACCACCCUCUUCUCCGCCGCACUCUCUUCCGCUUCAGACCACAAUCACGACAACAGCCGUCACAACCACGACGACACUCGUCUACUUCUGCUUCCUCUCCGGAUCAACAACGGAUCGUGAGACCUUUGGUUCCUCCCCCACGCGAAGGAAGUGGCCCGCUACUGUCCCGACGACCCGACCGAGCCCUACCAAACAUCUCUGGGACCUCGAUCUGGAUCAAGACCUUGCCGGUGUUUGUGGCACUGAUUGGGUUGUCCAGUCUGGCUAUAUUCAAUUACCAGAAAUCCUCGAGCUCCACCGUCAACAGCAUCCUCUACGCCCUGCGGACGAACCCUCACGCCCGUGAGUUGCUGGGUGAUGAGAUUUACUUCGCCAGUCAGGUCCCCUGGAUCCGAGGGGAAUUGAGUCCCAUGCAAGGGACGAUCGACAUCACAUUCUGGGUCAAGGGGACAAAGGGCACGGCGCAGACAAAAUUCGUCAGCAUAAGGAAAAAGGGUGCGGAAUUCUUCGAGACUCUGGAGUGGAGUUUGCAAUCGCCGGGCGCCGACGGUCAGAGCCAGACUAUACAAUUACUAGAGAUGGAAGGGACCAGGGAUCCCAUAGCAGGACAAAAGAUUUAAGACCAACAAUGGAGAAAAGGAAAGACACCGAAAAGGAGAAAAAAAAUCCAAGCAUGGAGCAUGGGAGAAUGGCCAACCCUGGAGAACGGAAGCUGUACAACUAUUCUAUUACACCCCGUCCAGCAUGUAGCAAAUGAUGGUUUCCUCUCCUACCUUUACAAAUAUCUGUACAGUAUACAUGGGAUUGUAUGUUGCCAAUCAACAAAACGCCAUGGUUCGUCAUGACUUGUUCUUCAGUAUGAAGAUGUAGAUCCAACAAAGCAACUUGGGGAUCAAAAUUGAGAGGAGUGGACUAGGACAAGAAAGAUGCCACAAUGUUCCCGCUCUCUUUCUAAAGCGCCC